GAAUACAUAUCUACAAAAUAUUGGUGAUAAUUUUAAAAGACUUCUUAGUUUAUUUAAAAAAAUAAAUUGUAAACAAUUGGUAAUUUAUUUAGAAAAUAAUUCUAUAUAAAUCUAAUAAGAAAGUAUUAAUGUCGCUUCCAUUAAAUUUUACUGAGUAUUUAAAAAAUGUCAAGUGAAGAUGAAUUUAUUGGUCCUCCAAUACCACAAGCAUUCAUACAUUCCAAUGAAUUUAGCUCUAAAUCACUUGAAAAAGAAACAACUGAGAUAAAUAUUGAUCAUGAUAAAAAUGAGUCACAGGCAGAAACAACCAAAGAUGAUGACACUUUUAUUAGUCCCCUAAUUCCCAGUAAUCUGUCAAUUUCUAAAAAUCAGAAUAAUGAAAAUGCAGUUACCAUAAAAGAAAAUACUGUAAAGGAAGUAUGUUCCAACUAUGAUAGUGAUGAUGAUGAUAUAAGUGAUACUGAAGAUGAUGAUUCAAAAGAAACCAAUCUUCCUAUUGAGAGUAAUGUAUCAUUAAAUCAUGGAAUUAAGGCAGUCUCUGCCCUAUGUAUAGAUCCUCCAGGAGUAAGAUUAGCAAGUGGCUCUGUCGAUUAUGAUGUUCGUUUAUGGGAUUUUGCUGGUAUGGAUCAAACUUUACAAAGUUUUCGUACUCUAACACCUUGUGGAAAUCAUCCAAUUAAAUGUUUAAAAUAUUCACCUACUGGUGAUAGAUUACUUGUAAUAUCUGGAAUGUCUCAAGCUAAAGUCUUAGAUAGAGAUGGUCAUGAACUUUGGGAGUGUGUCAAAGGUGAUCAAUAUAUAUCAGAUAUGGUACGUACUAAAGGUCAUACUUCUCCAUUGACUUGUGGAUCUUGGCAUCCUAGAAAUAAAGAAGAAUUUCUAACUAGCUCAGAAGAUGGAUCUUGUCGUAUAUGGGAUAUGACCAAAAAAGAAAAACACAAAGAUAUCAUCAAAUGUAGAGCGAAAAAUGGACUUAGAGCUAUACCAACAACUUGUAAUUAUAGUAAUGAUGGAAAAUUAGUUGCGUGUGCAUGCAGAGAUGGCUCAGUACUAGUAUACGAUACUAGGAAACCAAGUUUUGUUAAUGCUACGUUUACCAUUCGUGAUGCUCAUUUAUCAAACUCUGAUACAUCAUCAAUUGUAUUUUCCUAUAGAGAUACUUUAAUUUGUACACGUGGUGAAGGAAUUGAUGAAACUAUGAAACUUUGGGAUAUAAGAAAUUUUAAAAAACCUAUUCAUGUUGUUGAUGAACUUUAUUCAAGGUAUUCUACAACAGAUUGUUGCUUUAGUCCAGAUGAUUCAAUUGUAGUAACUGGACAUUCUGUUAAACCAAAAGAAGCUGGAGGUCAUCUAAUGUUUUAUAGUACUGAUACAUUUGAACUUCGGGAAAAAGUUAAAGUUUCUGAAACUCAUUGUAUUAAAGUGUAUUGGCAUCCCAAAUUGAAACAGUUAUUUGCCGGUUGUGGAGAUGGUACUGUAAAAGUAUUUUAUGAUAAAGUUAAUAGUCAGCGGGGAGCAAUGUUAUGUGCUUCAAAAACUCGAACAAAAUCAAAACAGAUGGAAAUGGUACCUACACAGCAAAUUAUAACACCUCAUGCUUUACCAAUGUUUCGACAAGAUAGAAAUAAAUCAUUAAAAAAACGUAUUGAGAAAGAUAGAUUGGAUCCUGUUAAAUCAAAAAGACCUGAUUUGCCUAUCAAAUCAGGACAAGGUGGACGUGUUGCUGCAUCUGGUAGCACAUUAAGCUCUUAUGUUAUUCGUAAUUUGGGAUUGAGUAAACGUGUAGAAGAUGAUCAAGAUCCAAGAGAAGCAAUUUUAAAGUAUGCUAAAGAUGCAUCUGAAAAUCCUUACUGGAUAACUCCAGCAUAUGCAAAGACCCAGCCAAAAAAUAUACUUGAAACAUCUGAAGAUGAACCAAAAGAAAAGAAAAUUAAGUUUGAAAUUGGUAAACCAAAACAGUAACUCUCUGUGUCUUAAGAAACAAAAAUUAUGUAAAUUACAUAAUAAUGUUUUACCCAAGUUGAAAAUUGUACAUACAUUUUUUUUAUUAUAUUACCAUGAAAUUGUAUAAUUCUACAAAAAUAAAAUCACUAUUAACAUUUGUAAA